AUGCACGACAACACCUCAUCCUAUAAGGAGUACGUCUUUGGGAACACUGCCCACUAUUACUAUACGAUGGACGACUUGAGAUUUGCGUUCUCCGUUGUUGGUGAAGCGUACAUCGCCAAGAAGUACAAGGGACCCUUCUUUCAUGGCGCGCGCAAGAUCAAGCACAGCGAAUGCCCUACCGAAACCACCGGACCCGAAUCUUCUCGCCCUGCGAAAUCGCAAGUAUUGCGACAUUUGUCUUUCGCAACGAACGACGACUGCUGGCACGUUCAGUCCCCUUGA